AUGUCCGAUCAUCGAGUAUCGAGUCCCGGCAAUCCAGGCCCCAAAGUUUCGAGGCGCAUCUGUGACUUUGUGGACAAAAGAAUGACAAGAGCCAGAAGCCGGGCUACGUGGUUCAACUCCCAAGUGCCCCCCUUCGCGGACAAAGAAGCAGGGGAAGGGUUCGAGUGGGUUUGGGACAGAUGGCUACGACCGUCGACACCGGGCGUCCCGACGAGCUGGAUAGGGGGCUGA